AUGGACCACCCUAUCGAUUAUGCGGUCAAGGUUCUCACCGAUUUUUCUUCCGGUGUGCACCUGCAGCUGCGCCGAUGGCGUGUCGCGUGGCGGGCAUGCUGUUUCAGGAUGUUUCUCCAGACCGCAGCUGCAGAUGGAUUUUCGCCCACAAUAAUCCAAGAGGAUCGCAGAUUCGGUUCGGGGAUUAACCGGGCGCAAACAAGCCAACGCACUGUUCCAUCCCAGAUCCCUCAAAUCAAAUCCAAGCACAGCACAGCAAAUGAUAACUAA